AUGACCUGGAGACACCCUGUUAGGCUUCUGUUUUUUGUCAGUUUGGCAUUACACAUCAUCCACUUGGGAGACAACAAUUAUCAAAAAAAGUCUAAGGCAAAGGCACAGGAAGCAGGCAGACUUGAACACCCAGGCCUCCCGCCCACAGGUGUACCCCCAAGGCUCAGCUGCUGCAGGAAUGGUGGCACCUGCGUGCUGGGCAGCUUCUGCAUAUGUCCUGCCCACUUCACUGGCCGUUAUUGUGAGCAUGAUCAGAGGCAUAGUGAAUGCGGCGCACUCAUGCAUGGAGCCUGGACCUUCCACAGCUGCCGCCUUUGCAGGUGUGUCUUCUCAGUCCUACACUGUCUCCCUCAGCAGACGCCAGACAGCUGUGACCUGGAAGAGUUUCUUGCUGCGCGCUCAAAUGGACAGAACGCACACCGCGUGCUGAAUGUUCUCGUCCUUCUUCUGUGCUCACUCUUACAAAGGCUCCUUAGGGAAGGGAGAGAUGGCUGA